AUGCAAUAUAAUAAUCCUGUUGUAGUUGAACCGUCAAUUCUCUGUUGCCAAUGUGGCACUGCAAUUGCACCAAAUCCUUCAAACAUGUGCAUUAAUUGCAUUCGAAAUGAAGUUGACAUAACCGAAGGUAUUCCUAAACAAGCAGUAUUGCUAUUUUGUCGAAAUUGUGAAAGAUAUUUACAACCUCCAAAUAUAUGGAUUCGGGCCGAUUUGGAAAGUCGAGAUCUAUUAGCUCUUUGUUUAAAAAGAUUGAAAGGAUUGAGUAAAGUCAGACUUAUUGAUGCAGGGUUCAUUUGGACCGAACCUCAUUCAAGAAGAAUUAAAGUUAAAUUAACCAUUCAAAAGGAGGUUUUUACCUCAACUAUUUUACAACAAAUCUUUGAAGUAGAAUUUGUUGUGAAUUAUCAACAAUGUACCGAUUGUACACGUGUCAUGGCUAAAAACACUUGGCAAGCAAUUGUUCAAGUGAGACAAAAAGUUGAUCACAAAAGGACAUUUUUCUUUUUAGAACAACUUAUUCUUAAACAUAAUGCUCAUAAAGAUACUAUUAAUAUAAAAGAAGCCAAAGAUGGUCUUGACUUUUUUUAUAGUCAUAGAUCUAAUGCUAUUAAAUUUGUGGAAUUUUUAAAUGCCAUUGUUCCAAUUAAGUCAAAGGCAUCGGAACAAUUGAUUUCGGUUGAUAUUCGUAACAAUACUUCUAAUUCGAAAUUUACAUAUUCAGUAGAGAUUGUGCCUAUAUGUAAAGAUGAUCUUAUUUGUUUACCAGUAAAAGUUGCUCGAUCAUUAGGAAAUAUUAGAAAUCCAUUUAAUUCUUUAGCAACUAUCAAGAAUUUGGUAGAAUAUUAUGUUUUAGAUGUUGAACAAUUAGGUGUGACGCGAAACAAGUAUGUUCUUGGUGAUAUUCAAGUAAUGCGUUCUUCAGAUUUUGGAAGAAACAAUCAAACAUUUUUUGCUCGUUCUCAUCUUGGUGGUAUUCUUAAACCUGGAGAUACUGUUUUAGGAUAUGAUCUUUUAACUUCCAAUUUUAAUGAUGAUAAUUUUGAUACCCUUGAUCGAAAUAAUAUACAUGAUAAGAAGCAACAACAACAGAAACAAGAUGUUAAUAAAAAGGAUCAAGAUUAUGAAAUGUUUUUACAAGAUUUGGAGGAAGAUCCUGAACUUAGACAAAAUAUUAACUUAUACAAAGCAUCAACAACCAUCACCACAUCAAUGGAUAUAGAUACAAAAGAGAAUGUAACAGAAGAAAAUGAUGAUGAUUUCCCUGAAGUAGGAAUAGAAGAAUUAUUGGAAGAUUUGACAUUAGAAGAUCGUUCUGUAACUUAA